CACAAGCUGAAUGGUAUGGGACAAGACUCGUUCUUCAAAAUAGUCUAUGUCACUCAAUCCACAACAGAGACAGAAGUGGCAAAUGAAAUGAAGAGAAGUCACUCCCCUGUGCUACAUAGGACUUAUAACUGAACAUCCUUUCCCCUCUAAUCCUCAUUUACUAAGCAGACUCAGGAGUUAAGCAAGACAAAGAGCUCAAAACGUAAGAUUAAUAUCUCUUACUUAAACCAAAUCAUUAUUAUAUUUGCUUUAAAAUAUUGUCUUUCUUUUUAUUGAAUAAUACCAUGCAGAAAUCAUGUAUACAAUCUUCAGAAAUAUUACAUCUUGUGACUCUUUGGGUAAAAAAUAACUGUUAAUCCUUUAAGUCCUCAAGUCAUGACCACAAUUAGUCUAGCACUCUACGGGUUUACAGUUGGUAGCAUUUUAAAGAAUUAAAAUGUUUCAGGGGUAUUUUUUUCAUCUCUCAAGGUAGAGCCUCUACACUAAAAAUAGUUUUUCACUGUUAUGUCAUUUAGUUAUCAGCAUCACCAAUGGGGUUUGUUCACUAAACAUUGGCUUGAGGUGAACUGGCAACCAAACUGCAAAACUGCAAACUGCAUAGAUGAAAAUUGCAAAACUGAUAGUACUCGUAACUCAGAAUCAUGUUUAAGCAAAUAAGCCCACUUUGAUUGAAGCACGGGUGACUUUCUACUAGCCACGUAUAAAUAAAAUGAAUUGUUGUAUGUAUUUGAUGUUUAUUUAUAUAUUUUGUGUUAACCCAGUUCUUGCAAGAAGGGCAUUUAAUGUUUUGCAAGAAUUAUUAGCCCCUCUGAGUAUAAAGGGGUUAAAAAUAAAAUAGAACUGAAAAUGGACCUCCUGAGACUGUCUGUAUUUCAUUCUUUUUUUUCUUCACUCUCUGACAACUACUUGUCCUCAUAUCCUUCAUGCUUAUAUGUCUAAUUAAAGGGAAAAAAGCUGUAAAGAUGCGAUUUAGGCAUUCCAAAUGAAUAUACAUAGGAGUAAGAUGAAUUUUAAAGAUUUGGCAAUAACAAUUCCAGAUUUAUCUUUAUACUGUAGCUAAACAGACUUGAUUGUUAUUCUCCAAUAGCUCUUGCCCUGCAGAUGGAUUACAGAAAAGCUAGCCUGUUAUUAUAUAAUGAGAAUAUAUAUUCUCUACGCAUGAUGAGACAAGCUGUUCUUUUCUUCUAUAUUAAACAAGAUCUGCUUAAUGAUUGAUAUUAGUGUCUAUACACGGGUUGCAUUUUACUUUAUAAAAGACAUGUGUUUGUAUUUUGCAUCACCUGGCAUAAUCAAUUAUCUCUACGUGGUUUGUGGCAUCUGUAUUGUAAAUUGAGGGAUUGUCUGUCUGUCUGUAUGGAGAGAAAGAUGCCUAUAUCACUGUACAGUAAUGGAAUUCUGUCUCUCCAUAUAGUGAUAAAUAAUAUGAUGUAUUGAGUAGCAUAACUGGCGUGUGAAAGUUUGAGCAAUUUCACGCUUGAAAACCGUAUUUCCAUAACAAACAAAAGAAAGACACAAAUCCUCAAGUCCCUUUCGUAUAUGUCUAGUGUGGCUGAUAUCUUGAAAAUACACACUAUUUGUCUGCCUGCUCUUGAAAGACUUCUUUAAUAUCGGUUUAAUUCUCUGUACAGUAAUUGUAAAUACACACAAAGUGACAGUACGUGGGAAAGUACAUAUUGAACUGUUAACCAAUGGGACAUUUAAAUCCAAUAUUUUCAUUUAAGCUAGUCAUUUUAAAGUGGCCAUUCAAACAACAUAACCACUACAGGUCACUGUAUGGCUACAGUGCUUGAAGGUUAUAAGUUAAACUUCUUUUUAAUUAUUUGACACUUACCAUGAAGACCCUUCUGAUUAACAGAACCCAUUUAAUAUUUUCUGUAAUAUACAUGCCCUCUUUAACUCACUGCAAAUUUGAUAAGGGACCGUGAAAAUGCUGUGGCAGCACUCCCUCUUUUCUGUGGUCUUGGGGACCACUGCAUCACUCCUGGCUAAUUUAUAACAGCUUUACUCUGCAGGUCAAUUUAAUAAUUGAAGACAUAGACAAAUUCAGAUGGAUACAUUGUUUAAUUUAAUCAAUUUAUGUGAUAGCACAUAUUGUGCAUUUUAUACAGACUGAAGCCUCCUAAUUAUCCAGAAGGUUUCACCCAAAUAUGCUCCUUCUUAGGAUAAGUAAUAAUUUUAUAAUCACCAAUAUUGUAGUGCUAUUGCUGGCACCAUUAUAACCUCCGUGAAUACACAUGCAUGUAACAUGCAUGGUGAAAAUGUACAUGUGAUAGCUAUUCUUAUGGCAAACUCUUGUUUUUACCCUUACUUUCAGAGCAUUGAGGCUCUGUUUAAACUGUUAAUAAAAAUGAAUACGUACACUAUAUAUUUUUGGUACAGUAAAACAAUACAUGCAGCAUACAUUAUGGAACAACAAUUUAAAUUUUUUAUACGUUCUCUUAUAUCUAGUUUGAAACUUCAGUUUCCAUUUAUUGUACAUAAACUUUUCAAUACUCGAAUGUAUUAAUGGUUAUUACAUAAAAUAAAAUGUAUUAUUUAUAUCCUCUAUAUCUGGCCUGCAUAAUUAAUAAUGCCUGACCAGUUUCAGAGCUACCUUAAAACUGUAGGGCAAUUAAAUUGAUGGGACUCUAAUUAACAUAUUCUAAGUCUAUCAGUGUAAGACUAUUAUGAGUUAAAAAAAAAAAAAAAGUCAUAAACAUCUAUAAAAUCCUAUAUUCAGUGGCUGUAAAAAUGCCUACUAUUUUUAACAACGAAUACAUAGACAACUGGCAUGGUCAUGAACAUGAUUUACAUGGCCUUGGGAAAUUAUCUCAAGAGUCUGUUCCCCAGCUGACAUAUCUCACAAGGCUUGUUUCUAGACAUAGUUACAUUCCAUGCUUUCCAUAGGAUAUAAGGACAUCUAUACAACAUUGUAUCUAUAAUAGCCACCUUAUUUUUCUUUCAUUUUCCUCAUCUUUAAUAACUUUAGGACUGUCCUAUUAGCAUUAGUUAAUAUUGCAUUGGGGUAAUUUAAAAAAAAAUUAUGGUUUCCUUUAUAUUCCUGAUUCUUUGUUUUGUGGCCCACAGCAUUUUAUAUUGUUCAAAUAAAGUAAAUAUAAACUACACAACACAACCUUUGUUAUGCUUGUGCAUGGCGGACAAAAUUAGUUUGGCCCAACCACUAUGUUUGAAAACACAUAAAUAGGUCACCAGAAUUUAGUCAACUCCAUGGUACGGCUCAGCAGAAUUUCCUUACAGAAAAAAAUUCAGGAAUGUUUGCUAAUACCUUUGCCCUAAAACUAGGGACCACUUUAGGAACCCAGACCACUUCAGCUCAAUGAUGUGGACUGGGUGCCAGGUCCCCCUAAUUUUAACCCUGGAGCUGAAAACAUAGCAGUUUCAGAGAAACUGCUAUGUUUACACUGAGGGUUAAAUAGCCACUAGGGGCUGCUUCCACGAUUUACACGGAGUAAAUUUCACUUGUUUGAUGCUGGAUGUCCUCACGGAGUCUAGUGUAAAAAGAUCCCCAUAGGAAAGCAUGGAGUAAUGCUUUCUUAUGGGCCGGUUUGAAUGCGCACCCGCCUCUGGCCACACAUGCACAUUCGGCUCCACUCGGAAGCUGGUGUCGAUGGAGGAGAAGAAGUCACUAGUGCCGAGGGAGUCCGGGCGCUGGAUUAAGGUAAGCAAAGAAAUGAAGUCACUAGUGCUGAGGGAGUCCGGGCGCUGGAUUAAGGUAAGCAAAGAAAUGGUUAAUUAACCCUUUAUUCACUGUGGAACAGGGCCCUAGUCACCCUAACGGGGACUAGGGCUCUAUAGCGUUAGGAAUACAUAAUUGUAUUCCUAACGCUAUAGUGUUCCUUUAAUACUAUUAAUAGUGUUGCUGGCAGCAGUGGAAGCAGUGAUGGUGGAGGUAACAGCAGCAAUUAUGGCUGAGGAAGAGUUGUUUAGACUCUCAGGGGCUAUGGUACUAUUGCUAAUGGAAGAUUGUGAAACAUGACUCCUUCCUCUACCCUCCAUUAAUCACUUCUUUAGAUUAGGACAUAAUAUUGAUUGAACGGUGAGCUCGUUUUUCUUAUUUACUUUACAUGUGGGUUAUGUAUGAGUGUGUAUUGUUUAAAUUAACACAACUUUAUUCAACAAAAACAGGUGUUUGUAAGGCAAAAUGGUGUGUUGUUUGGUGGAUUUACUACUGAAACCAUAUUGUGUUUGACUUUAAGAAACACUACACUCACAGAGCACACACUGGACUAAAAACACACAGAAAAAAAGGUCUAGUUAUUUCCUUCUUGUUUAGCUCAGUGGAGCAAAUCUCAAGAAGCAAGCUCAGUGCAUCUGCCUUGUAAAGACUUCUCAUUUAGCUGUAUCUGGAAGUUGUGAUUGGACAGGCACAGAAACUCACGGCUGGGUUAGAAAUGGAGGACUUGAAUAGGCUUCAAACUAGAGAAAUGCAGCUUUUGUAGGCUUUUGUCAGAGCUAUAAAAAAAAUCCUAAUUAAAUACAUGAAUGUUUUCAUUGGUGGUACAUAUACUAAACAGUAAUUUUGUUGUAUUUUGUUAGUGGAGUCAGUUUAACAAAAAGAAAAACUUUAAAAAACCUCUGCAUUGGUGAUUCCAAGUUGGUGUUAAGUGACACUGGUUAGCAGUAGGAUACUACACUAACCGUAACCAUCAGUGUCUCACUAGGAUGAAUGGAGCAGGCCAACUACCUCUCAAACUUUGUAUAUGGCAGUAACUAGACAAUAAGAUUAGAUUUUAUGAUGUAUAACGUAUUCCCUAAAAAAAGAAAAUGUUCUACACACAGUAAACAACAAAGAAAAAACUGUAAAUUGGUAAUGGUAACCUAGGCUCACACUAUGAAACACGACGCAAUUUAAAUCUCCUAUCAUUCAAUGUUGUUUUAAUGACACAUACAGCAGUGAGCAAAACUUAAAGUCUCACACAAAAAUCAAUGCUACAGGCUAUCUUCUACUCCCACACAGGCACAGCAAAGAUAAAAAACACAGUAUCACGGCUUGUUUAUAUUCCUCAGUAGCUGCAGUCAAAGUGUCUGGAAGAAUCUUGUUUGGAAGUAUAUAUUAUUUUACUGCUCCUCCUUUUUUAACUCUAUUGGUUAGUUGUUACUUGAUCUGUGGAUAAAAUCAAUAUUUACUGGCUGUCCUCUGAGCAGGGCCGUCUUUAAUGCAGGGCAAACAGAGCAGCUUCCCUGGGCCAGUUACUCCUGGGGGGCCAAAGCAGCUGCCAUGGGGUCCCUACUGCACGCAAAAAAAUAUUUUUCUGCCCCACGGCCCACCGGUGCUGCGGCUGCACCGGAAGGCCAUACACUAAGGGGGCCCAUGGUUAUUUCUCAAAAGGGGCUCAGUCGGGCGCUGUAGCCCUUUAACAGCGCGACUGUGCUCCUUGCAUAAUGGCAGCCGGCUGGGAGGUAGUGACAGCUGUGAGUCACUUCCUCCCAGAGAGAGUGAAGCUGCAAGAAAGGAAGGAGGAGGCCACCAGGAGAGGGCACUGAUGUGGAGUGCCAGAGCCACUCACUCCCAAGUACUGCAGCCUGCCAUUGCACCUCAGGGAAGCCACCCUCCUGUACUAAUGAGGUAAGAAACUGGAGGGUGGCUUUACAAAUUUAAAGUUUGCAUGUUUGUUAGUAUGGAUGUCUAUCUGUGUGUCAGUAUGUCUCUGUGUGUUUAUGUCUGUGUGUAUCAGUGUUUGUCAGUAUAUGUGUCUGUCAGUGUGUCUGCCAGUUUCUGUGUUCGUAUGUCAGUAUGUCUGCCAGUGUGUGUUCUUAUGUCAGUAUGUCUGUCAGUGUGUCUGUGUGAAUCAUGAUGCCUGUCAGUGUUUGUGUCAGUAUGUCUGUCAGUGAGUAUCUACAUGUUGUCAGUAUGUGUAUCUGUUUGUGUGUCAAUGUGUAUAUCUGUGUAUCUGUAUUUAGUCAGUAUACAGUACACCCCUCACAAUUUUGUAAAUAUUUUAUUAUAUCUUUUCAUGUGACAACACUGAAGAAAUGACUCUGCUACAAUAUAAAGUAGUAAGUGUACAGCCUGUAUAACAGUGUAAAUUUGCUGUCCUUUCAAACUAACUCAAUACACAGCCAGUAAUGUCUAAACCAUUGGCAACUCAUUGACAUGCAAAUCAAUUUAUAACUUUUUUGACAUGCGUUUUUCUGUUUUUUUCAUAUUCUGUCUCUCACUGUUAAAAUACACAUACCAUUAAAAUUAUAGACCGAUAAUUUCUUUGUCAGUGGACAAACGUUCAAAAUCAGCAGGGGAUCAAAUACUAUUUUCCCUCACUGUAGAGGGUUAAAGGGUUACUCCAACCACCAUGACCACUUAAGUGAUUUGAAGUGGUCAUGGUGGCAUGAGUCUGGAUGUACAGUGAUUCAGCUUGAAACAAUGCUCAAACUGAGUACUUGGCAUCUCUGUGCUAGGGGCUAGUGGCAUCCCCAGCAUAUGUGAUUUUGCUAGUGUCAACUCUGUACAUCAGCGUGCACACAGCAUGCUGCUGACAAAUGUAAAAAUCUUCCCCUUACAGCCAGAGCGCCUGCAAGGGGAAGCUAACUUUCCCCCCUCCCUCCCUGUGGGUGCACUCUCCUACCUUUAAUAUCACAUUAGUAUUUAAAUAUUGCUUAUUUUAAUUAUCUGUUGACACUAUCAACUGAUAAAAAUUAGAAGUCAUAAAUAAUGGAAUUACUUAAACAUUCUUGAACCAUACAUAUAAAAUUUAAUAACACUUAAAUAUGUACUGUGAAUGUAAAUAAUGAUGAACUAUGUCAGCUGUGAUUUUAACUUACAGUCAUUCCCUGUAACAUAUUGGUAGCACUCCUUAUUAUAUCCUUAAGUAAAAAGGUAAGCCUGCCAGAGCCGCCUGUCAAUAUGCCCAUUAUUCUUAGGUAGUGUGUCAAGAGUGGCAGGUUUUGUUAAAAUUGGCUACAGCACAAUCAAUGUUUAUCCAGUUGCCGGGUGACUGGGUCAAAGACUGGAUGGAUGCCUGGGACCGACAGCUUUGUAAAUUUGAAUACAAGCAGUUACCAAAUUAAGGUACUGUCUGACUGAGCAAGGUUGUCUACACUAAUCAUUGCUACACGUUCUUCUUUAUAUUAUUGUGACUAUGUGAUAUCAUGAGAUGUGGUGAAGCCGGCACUUAUUAAAAGAAUAGAUGAUAAUAAAUAACUACAAUGUUUUUUGCAAUUUGUUCUAGUAGUAAUGUAUUUCAAAAUAAAAAGUAUUUUUUAGAUUGCACAAUCAGAGUUAUUAUAGCACAAUGGCUGACCUCAUUAAGUUACCUCAUGCUUUAUAGAAAAUAUGAACCUUUGGACUCGGAUUUUUGUAGUCUAUUCAUAUGCUGCAUUCUAUAGUGUCUGUUGUUGUUAUUGCUAAGUUUGUACAUAUUCCCUUGUACAUAUUUUUCUAUCCCUUUCUUCUAAUAAAAAUUCAUAAAAAACAAAAUAAAACCAAAACAUUAUAACCUGAAUGUGCUUGUUUCAUCCCUAUUUAUAACAACAAUACAAUUAAAUGUGCUAUAUUGAGUUUUGGUGGUUAAAGCACAAAUUAAAAAAAUUAGGUGCAAUGAUUAGCAUUAUAACUGUUUUACCUUGUCAUCCAUUGAGAUCAAAAUUAUUCUAUAUGUUAGUUAAUGCCAUGUAUAGUGUCUGCGAAUUUUAGAAACAAUAACCUAAAUUUUCUAAAUUGUUUUUCAAAUCAAUACAAUACCAGUCAAUUUACUGUUUAGUGAAUAAAUCCCUCACUCUAACUUUACACGGGUAUUUAUUGAAAUCUUUAUACACCAUGCCUAUUAAUUACCAGUCACUGUGAAAUUUUGAAGCAUGGAAACAGCCACAUGUUGAAACUUCAUUGAUUUUAAACAGUACUAGCUUGUUGGUAACUGAUUGCGACAAGCACCUGAACGAGCCGCUGGUGUUAAAGAUGGGGUUGCUCCUGAACAGUGAGAGAUUACUAUGAAUCAGCAAAGGUCUCCCAAUCCCAGCCUAUUCAGCGAUGCGGCAGGUAGGAAUAGGUAACAGUAAAGCUACAUGAUGUAUUCUCAACAUUCGAAGAGGCUUUUUUUUUUUUUUUAAACUGCCAAAUUUAUUUCUGUCUGGUGGAGAUUUAUUAAAGUGUUCUCAAAACGGUCUCUUAAAUGGCUCAAAAAUAUGUUCACAUUUAUAAAACAUUUUUAGAUUUAGUCUAGUAUACUAACAGCUUGCACCAUAAUUAUGUCCCACUAAUAUCGUACACAUGUUCUGCCUCGUUUUCUAUACCAAGAUAAAUGCAGACUAAAAACUCGCCAUUUAACCCCUUAAGGACCAAACUUCUGGAAUAAAUGGGAAUCAUGACAUGUCACACGUGUUCUUAAGGGGUUAAUAGACUACUUUACUUGUAAUUAAAUAAACACAUAAAAAAAUGAAUAAAUUAAAUAUGCUGUAGAAAAAGUAACAAAAAGAAAAUUAUGGAAAAGGCACAAAAGUAAAAUAAAUAGUGGAACAAACAACAUGAUGAUAAAAAAUCAUUGCAUUUUGCACAGUGGAAUUUGUAAUCAACUGUAGUUAUUAUCACUGAGGAGGGGAGAAUAGUUCUCAAAAGCUUGUGUUUUAAACAUUAUGUUAGUCCAAUAAAAGGUAUCAUAACAUACUGCAAUACUCAGCUUCCUCCUCAUGCUCUGCCAUUUUGGUACCUAGCUGCUAGGUUACCACACUCAACUUGAAAUUUGCGGGCUUCCCAGCUUAGGAUGGCAUUCGAUAUUGUACAUAUGGCUUUCAUUCAGCCAUGCUGCAUAAUAAAUAUUUUUUAAAUACAUUCGGCCUUCAUUCAUGCACCUUACAUAGUCGCUGUGUUUCAGUACUUUUGGCCUAUGUUCAGCCACGCUACAUAUUCUCUGUGCUUCGGUACUUUCAGCCUAUGUUCGACUACUCUACGUAUUUAGUGAGGUUCAGUACAUCCGGCCUACUUUCAGUCACACUACUUAUUUACUGUGUUUCAGUACAUUCGGCCAUGCUACAUUUGCAAUCUGCUUCAAUACAUUCAGCCUACAUUUGGCCACGUUAUAAAUUCACUGUGGUUCAGAGGAUUUGGCCUACAUUUGACCAUGCUACAUAUUCACUGUGGAGCACUUAUGGUAUUCACACAGUGGACGUGAUACCUUAUAUGAACAUACAAUACCUCAAUGAAAGAGCUUUAAAUAGAACCCCUUGAUAUAAAAUAGUGGUGUAUACUUUUUAAAAAAUUUAAUGAAAACAAUAGUGUAAAAACAAAACAAAAUAACAAUACAUAUGAAGAAGUGACAAUUGCACACUUACAUGCUGCAGAGCUCAAAACUCUGUUAGCUUGUUCUCAGUUUUCUACAUUCUGCACUAGGUUACGGUGUCAUUUUAGCCAAUCUUACCAACUAAUUACAUCUUUAAGUCCUUGAUGUUACCUUCCUAACGACCUGGGAAGCUUCGGUUGUAUGUACAGUUCCUUUAUCAAUCAAGGUACAAGAAUGUUUCAUCAUUAGGAGGCGUUGUUUUAUAUAAUUACAAGUUUAGGUAGUUUCAUUUUUUGCCUUAAUUUUUUUAGGCCUACCCUGUUCGUUGGUUUCAGCACACCACAACUAACUUGCUAUUACUGGUAUAGCUCACACUGUAUGGUAUGCCUCAGCUGUUUUGAGGUUUAGUAGAUUUUAAACCUUGCUUCUAACAUUUAAUAUCAUGCAAACAAAAUGGACAAAAACAACAACAAACAAAAUCAAACUGUUUAUUUACAAGAUGAAUUAUUAUUGUUCCAGAGGGAUCAAGAAUGCAUAGUUAUGAUGCAAACAAGGUAAGCAGAAUAGAACAUUGUCAUCUGCAAUGAAGUGGUUACAGUUUAUUGAUGCUCAUAAUGCAUACAGAAUUAUAGCAAAUAAUAAUUAAGUGUAAACUAUGACAAUUAUUAACAAUGACAUUUUCUUGCAGGUCAUUAUCAGUAUUAUCACAUAAAACAGAUUAAUCAUCCAGUUAGUCCAAUUAAGCACUGUAUUACUACCACGUCUCAUUUUAAUUAGGCACUUCUGCAUUUUUUAAAGGUCAUCCUGGAAAAGUAAACAUGCACUUUUCAAACAUUAAACACAUAAAACCUUGUAAUUUUACAUGACUUGUUUGACAGUUACAAGCUAUUUUGACCUUAAUGUGACACUUUUGAAAUUCAUAUACCAUUGGUACAAAACUCAGCAUGUUGACUAUUUCAUUACACUCUGGCUUGUAAGUCUAACUAUGGCAGCUAAUAAAAUAUUUAAAGGUGAAAUACUUGAUACCGUCCUCUUAAAAUUACAUAUUUCUACCGUACAUCGGUUUUAACAAGGGCUUAAUGCUUUAAGUGUGAAUUCUCAGCUACUGUUUUUAAACCAUAGAUGCAUGCUACUUGUGUAACUUAAAUUUCACACAAGAACGAUACUAUUUCAGGGGUAUUAAGUUUUAUAUGUUUCAUUACAUAAUCUGUUAAAUGAUAUACUAGUGUGUGAAGUCUGUAUGUAGUAAACACUCAAUAGACCAGAGAUAAAAAUACAACCAGACACACAAAAAAAUUGCUUCAAAAAAAAUUCAGACAGACUAAAAUAAAAUGGAUACCAUUAAAAGGGUACAAAAAUGGUACAAGGGUACAAAAAAUUUAAUAAUCUCAUAUGUUAUGGCUCCUUAUCAAUCUACAAGAGAAACAACAUUUUUAAAUGUGUAAAUUGUUAUACAAAAAAAAAUCUGCUCCCCUAAAAAUAUCCAAUAGAAGCAGCAUUAAGAGUGCUGUCAUCUGCCCCUUGCAACUCCUGGGAGUUUUUCUUGAGUGCUUUGCACUCUGCUUGAUUAUUGUUUCAUUUAGUUUCUUUGUUCAAGUGUGUGUUUUUUUCUCUUUUAGAGAAUGAAUAACAAACGUACCACUAGUCGCCGUGAAAUUUUGUCACAUGAUGCUGAUGGACUCAAAAACUUUUGGGAGAAGAAAAUUGAAAAACAAACUGUUGCGUAUAAGUAUGAAGAUGCCAGAAGGAGCAACAGUGCUCUUUCAAAGUGAGUAAGAAAAAUAAGCAAAUACCAAUAAUAAAUAAAUAAAUAUGUCAAACUGAUUGAUGUUGGCUAAAUUAACUGACAACGGUAGCUGAAAGUCAGAGAUUGUAUAUUUAUGUUUUACAUACUAGAUAAAUACAACAUACACUUUAGUGGGACACUCUACUCACUAAAACAACUUUAGCUGGUAGUUUUGGUGUAUAGAUCAUGCCCAUGCAGUGUCACAGCCGAGUUUUCUGCCAUUUAAAAUUUGAAUCACCUUGUUAAUGCAGAUAGCCACACCUCCCCUGCAUGUGACUUACACUGUCUCUACACACGUCUUGCAAAGAGAUAUCUCAUUUUUAAACAGCAUUUAUUGCAUAGUGUGUUUAUUUUAGAAUUUUCUGCUCUUUUAAUACUCUGAUAGAGACUGCUGAAGCAUAGUGCGUGUGAUUAAUGUUCAAUUAAAAAACAGGAAAUAAGAACUUCUAAAGUAAGCAAACUGUGCUGUGAGAUGUGAUUAAAAAUUAAUCCUUUUUUAUGUUGACUGUGUGAAUUCCAUCCAGAGUAGGUGUGGCCAGAGCUGCAAAAACAGAAACAACAAAAAAAAAGGUUUAACUGCUAAAUGGCAGAGAUUUGAGCGUUGAGACUGCAGGGACAUGAUCUAUACAUUAAAACUGCUUUAUUAAGCUAAAGUUAUUUUGUAUCGUUUUAGCUCUGUCUUAUAUACCUGGUUUCAUGCCACAAGUUUGGUGGUGAGUCCAUAGAACAACAUUUACUUUUUAUUCCUUCUUUGAUCUAUAGGAUAUCACUUUGGAACUUUGAGCCUUAACGCAGUACUUAAUUAAUUUAUACACCUUUCUCCCUUUAUAUUUUCCACAAUAGUUUCCACUUACCUAUUCUAUAGAAGAACCUAGUAGUGCUUAAUAAACAAAAUUAAUUAUAAUUUCUUAUAAUAGUUCCUGUUGGUAUUUUCGGUAGCUGCAUUAGUCCAGCAUUAGUGGAAAAUGUGUCCUUAAAGGGACACUGUAGGUACUUUAACAACAUCAUCUUUUUCUCGACUCGUAUACCAUAACAUACUGUGACAUCACGUGCAUUAUGCACAGUGCAUCAUGGUCAGCCAUAGAUAAUCAUUGAAUGCAAUUGUAGGCACAUCACAAGCUCCUCUAUGAGCAUUGGACAGGCCCAUCAUGCUGGAGGCACACCUCCAGGAUGACACAACCCAAAGAGAAGGAGCUGGAGAAAGUGAGUUAUUUAGUGUAUGUUUUUAUUUUAAUUAAUUUACACAGAAGAGGGGCCUAAUUGAUAAGUGUUACGGUACCUUCAGCAUGAAAUGCACAAACCGCCGUUUAGUGAAUGCUCCCUGUUCGCAGUAAUGUUGUCUGUAAGCGUAUGCAAUACAACCAUGCGAACUGCCAGCCAGGGAACAUUCCAACCUCCCGAACGGUAUCCGUAUGGCUCCUUCCCUUCACGAGCCACAAGCUCACGAACUGCCAAUAUCAGCCGAACGCCAAUAUCUUCCAAGCGGCAAAUAAUUCCAAAUAGCAGUCUCUAGUCGCCGGUAAUAAAAUCCCCCCAAUAACGAGACCAAGCUCUGCAUUGAGGGUAAAACACGAACUGAGUUUACUGUGGGCUACCCGCCCGUAUUUAUGCAGGUCUCCCACUUGGUGGACAUUCCCCUACGGGACCAAAUGGGAGACUGGAAUAGCAGAUGGACAUGGGGACAUUCCAGACAUACAAUCACACAAUAUUCCCAGCAUACAUCACAGUUUCCUCCCCUCUGCCCGGGAGAUCAUUGAGAAGUAAUUCAAUUAUCUCCCCGAGCAGAGGCAAAUCACCAUUUUAAAUACAAGUCACAAAACACAUAAAAAUACAUAACUUUAUAACUGCCGAACGUUUCUCAUUCGUGUAACACAUCCCCAGAUAGCCUGGAUCUGAGUGCAUUUUAUUGACGAAUAGCGCUCAGAUCCCAUACGCAUAGUUCAAUCGCCAUGUAGUCAAAGUCUAUUACAGUUCUUCGGUAUGCGAUUGACUCCAUGGGAAGGCUAUCUGGCGUAAGUCCAUUCGUGCCUUUACAUCUCCCGAACGGCCGGUGUUCGCAUACUUUUGUGGAUUGGAGAAGGGAGGUCGACGGCAUUAGCGGUGUUCGGUUGAAAAAGUGUCUGUUUUCAGUUCCAUGAAUUUAUUACCGAACACCGCUGGUCUUUCGCAUGGUUUAAAAUGGCCGUCGCCUCGUGGUCGACAUACGAACGACGACCAUAGAGAUGCAUUGAUUCAAUGUAUAUCUAUGAGGAGAUGCUGAUUGGCCACGGCUGUGUUUGAAUCAUGCUGACUCUGCCCCUGAUCUGCCUCUUUGUCAGUCUCACCCAAUCCUAUGGGGAAGCACUGUGAUUGGAUCAGGCUACCACUUCUGAUGAUGUCAGCAGACUACUUUUUUUUUUAGGGAAACAGCAUGCAGAGUUACAGCUUCAGGCUUGAAUACAGUAAAAUUAUGCUAUAUUUAUGGAGGCAUGAAGGGCCCAGGGGGGCUAGAUGGUGGUUUUAACACUAUAGGGUCAGAAAUAUAUGUUUAUGUUUCUGACCCUAUAGUGAUCCUUUAAUGUAGUCCAUGACAGUAUAGAAGGCAAUCAUUUGGUCAGCUUUGUCAAUUAAAUCUGCAGUGUAAUUCUGUACCCAUAUAAACUAAAAAGAAAGGGGAAGGAAAAUCACUGAUGCAAAACACCAUAUCAAAGUGAAAGCUUAACACAAUAAAGCAAUAGUUUAAUACAUUAGAGGAACAAGCUUCUCCAUAGGAAAUCAAUAAAUCAGUGCUCUCCUAUAAUGGCUUCUGUGUCAUGUGACCAAGUUUUUUUCACACGACAGCCACUAAAGGUGGACUUAACCCUGCAAUGCAAACAUUACAGUGUCCAAAAAUGUUUGUGUUCAUUUACAUUAAGGUACCCAGACCAAAUAAUUAAGAUAAAGUGGCAUGAGUGAAUUUAGUGGUCCUUUGCAGAGGCGUAACUAGAAACCACGGGGCCCCAGUGCAUUGGGGCAUUGCCCUGGGGCCCUCCCAUACAUCUAUCUCCUACCCCACACGCCCCCCCACACACAUGUAGACAAACAGAUACACAUGCAGACAAAUACAAACAGACACACACACACAUACACACACACAGAGACCCAUACAUACAUGCAUACAGACACAUGUAGAGACACACACACUUACACUCAUAAACUCACAGACACACUCAGACACACAUACACUUACAGACACACACGCACAUACACUUACAGACACAUACACAUUCACACACACACAUUCACUUACAGACACACACACAUACACACACACUGAGACACACAUACACUUACAGACACACACACAUACACUCAGACACACACACUCACAGACAAACACAUACACACACACUCAGACACACACAUACACACACACACACACUCAAAUGCACAUACACUCACACACUCAGACACACACAUACACAUUCAGACACACUCACAGACACAUACACACUCAGACACACACAUACACAUUCAGACAUGCACAAAUACACUCACAGACAAACAUAUAGACACACACAUAUACAUUCAGACACACACACAUAUGCACACUGAGACACACAUACACUUACAAACACACACACAUCAGACAUACACAUACACACACAAAUUAUUAAUAGGUAAUGUCCACCCAGCCUCCCUACUUGGAGAGCUGGCAUGGACCUGUCCCUGGGGUCCAGUGGGGCUUCAGUGUGGCGGGAGGCAGAGUUUCUGUCAUACGUGGCGAGGGAGCUGUGUUCUCUCUGAUCUGCUCCCUCGCGGGCUGUCUAUUGAUGCAGGCUCCUGGCAUCAGCAAACGUCCCAUAAGAGAGCAGAUCAGAGAGAACACAGCUCCCUCGCCGCGUGUGACAGGAACUCUGUCGCCCGCCGGGGGGUCCAUUAAGUGGCCAGUCGGCCACCUCUUGGGUCCCCCUUUGACAGGGGGAAUACGGAGGGGGCGGCAUCUCGCGGGCCCACAGUCGGAAGGGUCGUGGCUGCGGCUGGGCCCCCUGCAGUGAGGGGCCCGAUCGCAACCUAGACCCCUGCGACCGUGAUAGGUACGCCACUGAUCCUUUGAAAUAUGUAUACAUAAAAUGUAAGACAUCGAAGAUUUACAUGGUACAUUAAGAUCACCACUUGCCUAAUAUAAUGUAGGAACUCUUUGUGCUGCCAAAACAGCUCUGAUGCGUCGAGACACGGGCUCCAUAAGACCCCUGAAUGUGUUCUGAGGUAUCUAGUCAUUAGCAGCAGCUCCUUUAAGUCGAACAAGUUGUAAGGUGGGGCCUUCAUGGAUUCCUUUGUCAAUUGCUCUGUGCUCCAGGUCUGAUACUCAUGACCCCAUUGAAGACAAUUUCAGUGAUGAACAAGGAUCAUCAUAAGCACUCUGACAGGUCUGUGGAUACGCAGUCCAAUACGAAUGCACUGUAUGCUCUGACCCCUUUCUAUCAUGGCCAGCACUACAUACUUCAAUUUCAGCUAGAGUAGCUUUUCUGCAAGACUGGGCCAGACGAGUUUGCCUUCCCUCUCCAUAUGCAUCUAUGAGCCUUGGUCGUCCAUGACCCUGACACUGGCUUACCGGUUGUCUUUUCUUGCACCACUUUUGGAAGGUACUAACCUUCAUAAUAGUUUCAUAUUUUCCAUGUCUUCAUUUUCUUUCCAUAUACAUCUAGAAGAGUUAUAUACGGAAAACAAAUUACUCAGAUUAUUUUUCUCUACAUAGUGUAUAGUGACUGUUAAUAGCAUUUCUAUAAACAUCCUUUCGGUCUGUGCAAAAGUGUUUAUAACCUUCAAACAUCUCAUUCUUUCAAGUGUUUAGUACCAUCCAUAGUACCAUGCUCCAUAUUUGUAGAUUUAUCUAGAACCACAUUUGAAUCCAUUUUGAUAAAGACGCUGUAACAUAAUAGUUUUGUACUUAUUAAGCAAAAUGACUUUGAAAAUGUCCCCAGUUCAGCUAUUUUGUCUCCAAAUUUGAAAUUCACUUUGAAUUCUCACUUAAGUAAAUAACCCUUAUGGUGUUGAUAUACAGUCAGGCUAGAGGCUGAAGAUAAAUUAAUUAUAUAUAAAGUGUCAUUUGAAGAGAGACUUACCUGUCAGAGCUCUGUUAUUAGUUGGCUUACACGCCAAGCAAUUACAGUGCUCCUACUGAGAUUACAAGGUGGGAAAGGCUUUCACUGGAACCUUUACUAAUUGGCAUUGUAGCAGAGUCGCAUCUGUUAUGGUAUCAUUUUUUGCAUAACCUUUGGGUAAAUGCAAAAAAAAUGUGUAUACCUGUGUAUAUUUUUCUUUUCAUCUUUUACUAUUUAUAUAUAAACUUAAUGUUUUUAUUUUAUGAAACUGUGUUUAUUUUAACCCAUAAGUCUCUAAAUUGUAUUAAAGAAAUCAAUCUUUCUUUCCUCACCGACAACUAAUUUAGGUUACUUUUAUUUAUUUAUCUUUUAUUUUUAUUCCAAUCUUCACAUAUCAUAUUUUUUUUAAAGGAUCACUAUAGGGUCAGGAACACAAACAUGUAUUCCUGACCCUAUAGUGUUAACACCACCAUCUAGCCCCCUGGGCCCCUCAUGCCUCCAUAAAUAUAAAAAAAUCUUACUGUAUUCAAACCUGAAGCUGUAGCUCUGCAUGCUGUUUGCCUAAAAAAAAACAAGCAGUCUGCUGACAUCAUCAGAAGUGAUAGCCUGAUCCAAUCACAAUGCUUCCCCAUAGGAUUGGCUGAGACUGACAAAGAGGCAGAUCAGGGGCAGAGCCAGCAUGAUUCAAACAAAGCCCUGGCCAAUCAGCAUCUCCUCAUAGAUAUACAUUGACUCAAUGAAUCUCUAUGAGGAAAGUUCAGUGUCUGCAUGCAGAGGGAGGAGACACUGAAUGUUUGGAUGCAUUUUAGGCAGCCAUGACCCAGGAAGGAUCUCUAACAGCUAUCUAAGGAGUGGCCAGGGAAGUUGUCACUAGGCUGUAAUGUAAGCACUGCAUUUUCUCUGAAAAGACAGUGUUUACAACAAAAAGCCUGAAGGUAAUGAUUCCACACACCAGAACAAAUAUAAUAAGCUGUAGUUGUUCUGGUGACUAUAGUGUCCUUUUAAAUUCUUCUCUUAUUUUUGAAUGUUUUAAUUUAAACAACAAAUAUGUUUGCAACCUUUCAAUUUAAUUCUUUUUCUCCUAAAGAUUUACAAUCUUAUAAUAAGAAAAAAGUAUGAUGGCAGUUUACAUCAUGAAACUGUAGAAUAGGAGAAGGAAAUUGUAAACAAAUUCUCUCUAUUAUCAAACGUAUAGUUCAUCAUGUUAGUAUGUUAGCACAAGCAUUUUGUACGGCUCCAAGUAAUAAUGGGAAAACCUAUGAACUGGUCUCUGUAUAAACUAAAGUUUAUCAUCCUGUGCUUCUGGGCAUAUACUCAUUUUUCCAUAAACAUUUGCUGGGCAGGCGUAUAAGAUGAGACCCAUAAAUCAAAAUAAGUGGUAUACCUGAAGCCACAUUGUGCAAUGUAUAGUUAUAGUUAUAUAUGUCCAUACCUCCAAUAAUUUGGAGGUAUCAAAUCAGGCAAAUUGUGCAGGCCUAAAGGGGUUUGCCAGUUACACCACUUGCAUUAAACAGGGGAUCAUUUCUAACCACACAGAAUACCGUACAUAUACACAUAAGAGUAUGAGUCUGUGCCGGAAUGAGCUUAUGUAUCUGUGAUGGGAAGGUGCUAGAGAUCCUCGAGACUGCGUACGGAAGGAAUGUGGGUAGGAGGAUGAGGGAGAUUGAUACAAUUACAGUAGGAAGAAAUAUAUGAGUGGGGGGGUGAUAUAAGGAACAAAGUGUAUACAUUUCCAUUUCGGAAAAUGCAGGUAUGGAUAUAUAAGGAAGUGUGUGUAUGAAUUGUCCAUGUGUUGAAUACAGUGUGUAUAGGAAAGGCUUAAAAUGUUAAGUCCUUUGCUACUAGCCAGGCCUAAAAGUUACUUGCCAGAGCCUGGAGGAUCCAUGCCAUACUUACCAGAGGUAAUAACUACUCAUUGCCACUGGCUAGUGAACAUGUUGAGCUCUGUGUUUAUAUAAAAGCAUAAAUGAGGAAGAAUAUAUUUGACAUGCACAUGUGUAUAGAGUGAAUGUAUGGACCUAUGAGAGUCUGCAUUUAUUUUAUUUUUUUUGUUAGGGUAUUUGUGUACAAGGAAUAAAAUAUGUGUGCCUAUUCAUGAGGGGAAAAGAUAAUGAAUGCUAUAUAUACACCUUAUUUAAAUUAUUGAUCUUCUUUCACCACAUAUGUAAUGCUAGUUUUUUUUUUUUUAUCACUCUCCAAAUUAGUACCAGGUCUCAAAAUAAACAGCUAAAUUUAAUUUUAAGACAAAGAUUUGUUUGAUUAGGUACAUUCAUUUAUAUUACAAGCUACAGACAUUGUUGACUUGAUGAAGACAGAGCUUGGAACUCUCUGUAACGCAGUGACUUGCAGGUUCACAUCUUGUGUAUGCCAUAAUUAACAAACAAGAGAAACUUGAUGACACACUAGCUAUAUGAUAUUCAUUGGUAUGAAGGUUUUUGGCAAUCUUCACAUACAUUACAUUGCAGUGACAAGACGUCUAGUCAUAUCUUACAUACGAUAGAUUUAUGAUACCCUUCAUGUCACAUGUGGUACGUUUGUUUUAUUUUGUUUUUUAAAUCCAACUCGAUGACAUGUAGUAUCUUUCAAUUAACCAUGCUAGUGAAUCUAAGUUACUCACUAGUCAUCCAUGUCAAGCAAUAUGUAAAAUAAAAGCAUGCAUUUAUUUAUAUGCCAUAUUAUUUACAUAUUAUAAUUUAUCUAGCUUUAAGAGGCCAUAUCAUUUUUUACAAUUCGUUUCUUAAUUCUGACAGUUUUAUAUCGUCUAGGACUUGCAAUAAGUAACAUUCCUAGGGCAAACUAUACAUACCGACAGCUUAGCAUGCAUGGAGAGAUAGUAUCCUAGGCCCGAAUUAAUUCUAUUAUUAUUAUUAUUAUUAUUAUGUUAUUUAUAUAGCGCCAUCAAAUUCCGUAGCGCUUUACAGUGGGUGGACAAACAGACAUGUUGUAAACAGUUGUAACCAGACAAGUUGGACACACAGGAACAGAGGGGUUGAGGGCCCUGUUCAAUGAACUUACAUGCUAGAGGGAGUGGGGUAAAAUGACACAAAAAGGUAAGGAUAGUAUUAGACUAGUGACAGUUGCAGAAGAGGAAUCAGUCGGGAGCUAUUAACAGUUUAAUUGAUACGCUUUUAUGAAGAAGUGGGUUUUUAACGAUUUUUUGAAGGAGUGGAGACUGGGUGAACAUCUAACGGAGGAGAGAUUAUUUAUCUAUAAUUAUAUGUAUAUUUCAUAAUUAUAUCUAUAUUUCAUAAUAUAUUGACACUGCAGAAAGUUCUUGAAAACCAAAUAUAAACACUGGGAAAUAUAAACACUGGGAAAAAACUAACAGUCUGUCUGACUGGCCCCCAGCAAGUAUGACUAUGCAGAGAACGCUGUCUAAUGAAGUGCUAAUGACGUGCACACGCUGUGCUGCCCGAUGACAAGUCUCUGGUGUAGAGCCCCAGAUGAAGGCACAGUUUUUUAGUGCUGAAAAGCUAGUCACUUACUUUUUCUUUGGCCUUAUGCCUGAAUUUAUUUUGUGUCUAUGGGAUCCGUGACUACAAGGGUAGUGUACCUUAGAAUAAUGCAAACUUUUUUUUUUCUUAGUUUUCUUGUUUCUAUUAGUUCAGCAAUUAGGGACAGCAGACUCAGCAUGGUAUGUAGGAGCCUUGUGUCUCUCUGAUAUAGCACUAUCCUUUUUACAAUUCUAUGCAUAUUUAAGGCUCUUCUUUGAGGGAAUUGUUUUGGUAUGUAGGAGUCUUUUACUUUGAGGUAAUAAAUGCUAGUUCUUUGCUUCCUAUCCUAUGGUUUGGUAUGUAAGCGUCCUGGGGACUCUGAGGUAUAGCAUGAGCCUUUAUUAGGAUUAUUUUCUAAAAUAUGACAGGGAGAUCUUGGACAAUUAUUCACUUAGUUUUGGUUAACAUCUAAGCUUGUUCUAAUUAACUUGAGUUGCCUCUGGGGGACUUACACUUUGAGUACAAAACCUUGUAACAUUGUUUCUGCAAACUUUAGUUCCUCAUAGGGUCGGACUGAAGGGUGUUAUCAUUUAAGUAAGAAACAGUGUCUAUUUAUACUAAUAUUUGACACAAUAUCCCCAUGAAGAUAUACAUGCUUAAUAAUAAUGCGCUCUACAUUAUUAUAAUAUAUACCACACUGGAUGUAUGCUGACCACUUUCAUUUAUGAACAUUUUUAGUAGAUAUGCCCUCCACACUCAAGCUCCAAAUAGAGGAUAUUCUCAAUAGAAGCAGAAAUUUGGUAGUCUUUUGCCCAACUUUUUCCUUUUUGGCCUUAAUACUUGAUAUAUUGAUAUUGAUAAUAUGUUAUUGCACUAUUAUUAUUAUCUAAUCACUUAAUUUAUUUGUUAAGUUAGGAAGCACAAGCACGAUAACUAACAUAUUGAGCUAAUUAAAUCAGGGAUUCUCCAGUUUCAUCCCCAACAUGGGGAUAAUAUAUAUUUACCAGUUCCUUGGUGUCCCCAGUUGCAGGACACUAGGGAACAACAUCGAGACAUCGGGACAGGAAUCUGAAAUCAUACUUUACCACUGAAACCGGGACUGUUGAGAGGACUAAAAUGAUAUAAAACUAUAUGUAUCCCUUCAUCUUUCUCCAUCUCUGUCUGUUGGCUACGUGUUUCUCUCCUCCCUUCUAUUGCUCCCACCUCUGAAUUGCUAUUUGCGGUUGCAUUGAAAUCUAUGCAUUACUUAUUUCAAACAGAACUGUGAGUGAUGAAGAUAACAUCACACUUACUUCUGCCCUGUGCUUAGUAAGAGUUAGGUAUAUCAAGUACAGCUCUUUAUGAAAUAAAAAUGAACUUUAGCAAUAGACAUAUAAUCCCACCACUAGUAGGUAAAAUCAGGGCAGAUGAUUAUAAAUUGACAUUAGGCAAUAGACAGGAGAUAACUAGGAUGCAAAUUAUUAGAAAAUUAAAAUUAAAAUAAUGCACAGUAUAGAGUUGUAAACACUCAAUAGAACUUGUCACAUCUUGCAGUAAGAUGAAACAGGAAAUGGGUAUGAAACUUCCUCGACCUGAGAUGCUUAAAGAACAUUGAAAAUGUUAGCAUUAAUACAAGAUUUUUGAUGUGUGUUCUUUUGGUGCUCAGCAAUCAUUGCUAUACAAGCUCACAAACCAAAAAAGGAACACAAGAUAACACAUUUAUUUUUUUGAUAUUUUUGGAUAUCUGUGAUACUGAAGUUCAUAAUAUCAGAUCUACCAGGGUCCAACACUUUUUUGUUGUUGUUUUUUUUUGUUACUUGAAAAUGAUGUGUAAUGGAUAGUAAGGCCUGUGUAUUGGCUCACUAGAUCUAUGAUUUACACCAGUAUAAUGUGAUUUAUAAGCAGGAUAAUGGUGCUUCAGUAUUUAAUUUCUUCUUGUGGCGCAGUACCAUCUCAGUCAGAUAUUCCAGCUAGUAAGCCUCUGUAAGUCAUUAUUUUGCAGAGAUGGCAAAAAAAAAAAAUAGAAAACGUUUAGUAAAUCAACCCCAUUGCAAACUGACAAUUGUGAUGUCCAAAGCCAAAAUAUUAUAUGUGUUUUGGUGUGUAUGCUAUUAUUCACCUAUGCAUUGAGGUUUAUUGAGCAAACAGUGGGACAAUGUACCUAGGACAGUAAAAUGGGUGAUUUUCUACAACGUGAUUAAUUUCUUAACUCUUCACUUUUUACUGAAUAGACACUAUACUAUUUCUCACAUAUGGUGUUUAUAUACUAAGUAAUGUUUUAUAUUUUGCAGACUUAGAGAAGAAUGGAGACAGCGACUGGAACAUAGAAUUAAUAUGUUACAGUCUCUCCAAGAAGAACAGAGGAGACAACUUUAUGCGACACCAAAGGAGUCUUUCCACCCCAAAGCAAAUACCGCAGCCUAAAACAUGAGCAAAAAAAUCUGAUGUCAAGUAUAGUGCAUUAUUAAAGCAAAGAAAAUCAUGCAAACUAUUUGCAAACACUGUAAAACUUAAUUAAUGAAUCUGUGUGAUGAGGCUUCUUGUAUUUAAUAUUUUUCCAUAAUCUUUUCAGAUAAUGAGGAAAUUAAUUUAUUUUUUUAUUAUGUAUUUUAUUAUUGUGCAUAUUAAUUAGUUCAUUGGUAUUGUUGCCCAUUGUACGCAUUAACGUUCCAAUUUUAAGAAUUAAAUACAUUACAUUAGAUAUCCUCCAAAAUGCAUAUUAUAACGUGUGUGCUGUUCUUUUUGUCAUUAAAAAACAAACUGAGCACAUCUAAAGAGUGUUUGUAAAUUUCAUAUUUUAGACAUUAAUCGUUUCCUUCUGCAAGCCUCACAUAUCAGGAAAUAAGGAGUGAAGCCCUGGGCCUUUCUGUUUUGUAGUCUCUGGCUAGUCAUUGUUCUCAUUUAAUGUUGCUGCCCCUACAGCAAAGGAGAGCUGUAGAUUUUGUGUAAGAAUUCUAAACAUGCAUGGCUUCUAGCUGAGAAGUUGUUGGUUUUUAAAUUGCAAUAAACAUGUUUCAAAACCCAAUUAAAACUACAGAGGUUAUUUUAAACUUAAUAUUUUGAGUCAGAAUAGGUAAAUUAAUAGAUAUUUAUGUAGAUGUAAGAAAUAAUUCACUUGUAUAAGUACAGUGGUAGACAUUUCAAUCAGGUUUAAAACAAUGAACAGCUUAUUUAUCCACAUUAUCCCUAAACACACAUACAAACACACACCUAUACACACACUGUAUAUAUUGGGCAUUAUUAAAUGGGACAGGGAUCUAAAUGAAUGUUGAAGUGAUGCUGCUGGCAAUGCCCAAAAAAUGAUAUAGAGAUAUAGAGGUGUUAAAGAAUGGGGGGAUACUGCCAAAAGGAGCAAGUCAUUGGCGGAACUACAGGAGUUGACUGGGCCCCUAUGUUCCACUUGUCAAAGAGGGCCCAGGAAUAGGCCAGCUGGCCACUUUAGAUUGCUUCCAAAGUUGGUGUUUAUUCAAUAUGGAAGAGUAGACUCCUGCAUACCUGAAUAGCAAGUGCCUACUUACCCAACAUAUAGCAGUGGGGAGAGAGCUAUUUAAAAUCACGUAUGUCAGUUCCACCAUAUAGCCAUAUUAUGUUAAGGACACCACUACUUCAUAGUACCCCAAUAUCGGUGGGUCCUACACUAAUUCCAACAUGGGAGACAAAUCAAAUAGUGCUAAUCCUAAAUAAGUUGAUGUAUAAUUAAAUAAUCUGUUGUAAGAGCAUUGUGUAUGUAUAUAUAUAUAUAUAUAUAUAAUGCAAAAUUAAUGUGAUAAAUGCAAUUUAAAAAAUGCAGUGUCAGAACAAUUAAAGUGAUUAAUUAAAGUGAUUAAUUUAAACUUUGAAGUAUAUGCUCACAAUGCAAAUUAUAUAUCUGCUCGAUGAAAAUUAAAAUUAACGUGACAUUACUAUCCAAAACCUCCUCAAAAAGAUACCUGUAGUCCGCUCCAAAGGGGCCUCUGAAGCUGGGUGGCUGGGCUGAGUGUGUGUUGUCUAUCAGUAUGUGUCUGUCAGUGUGUGUGUGUGUGUGUGUGUAUCACUCAGUGGGUGUGUUUCAAUCAGUGAGAGUGUGUCUGUCAUUGAGAGUGUAUGUCAGUGUGUCUGUCAGUGAGUGUGUGUCUGCCAGUGAAUGUGCCUCUCUGUCAGUGAGUGUGUCUGUCAGUAAGUGUCUCUUAGUAAGUAUUUCUCUCAGUCAGUGCGUGUAUUUGUCAGUAAAUGUGUCUGUCAGUGGGUGUUUUUUUAAUCAGUGAGAGUGUGUGGCUAUCAUUCAGUGUGUGUCUGUCAUUGUGUGUCAAAUCAGUGAGUGCUUGUCUGUCAGUGAUAGUGUGUGGCUGUCAAUGAGUUUGUGUGUCUGAUUACAAAAACAGGUGGAGCUUUUAGAUGGCGAUGUAUGUUGCCAUAGAAACAUGCAUGUUUGGACUGAACAUUUAUAAAGGGGAGGAGUAAGUAAUAUGCCAAUGUUCACCUGUGGGCACCAAAACAUAAUCCUGCACCCAGACAUCUGUGACCCUAGAAUCGGUACAGUGACUUGCUUUCUAUGGUCCUAAUUUAAUAUUUUAUAUAACUUUUGUUUCCCCCGCAAAUUCACUAGUUUUUAUAUGUUAUAUAUCAUUGACUUGCGCCUGUAAACUAUUAAGACUCUUACUGCAUGUUACCAUCAGAGGUCCUGAAUGACCCCUUACCAAAUGCGACAAAACCAUCUGGCUGCAAAAUCUGGACAUAGUUCACUAUUUAACAAUGUACUGAAUUUUAAAUUUGCAAUUAUUAUUAGAAUGGAGCUUUUAACCCAUGUGGCAGCUGUGGGCAUAUCUGUUAAAUGUGUUGCCCAUCCGCUGAAAAACAGAAUGGUGCCUGUGAGAUAUCAGGGGGUGGACAUAGUCCUCCCUCUAUGCUCGCAUCCAUGGGAGGACAUUUAAAAAAGUAAAGAGAGCUGGACAGCUUACUGUAGGUUGUACCUACCUGUGAGGACAACAAUCUACCCCCACAUUAACACAUGGUCAGCGAGUGAAGGAUAUUAUAAGAUUCAGGGCAGAGGACCUAGUGUCCUCUCAGUGCCCCCAUCCAUUGGCGGCAAGUGGAGGCGCCCUAAUACCACUAAUCAAGGGGGAGAACCAAAAAUUUCCAGGGCCGCCACCAAUGGGCAUACGGUGGGAGCCCUAAUAAUACUAAUCAAGGAGGUGUCCAUAGGGUUCCCCACCCAUUGGCGGCGGGUGGGAUCCUUAAUGAGAACAAUCAGCAGGGGAUUAAUGCCAUUGUCCAUAUGUCAAAUAGUGGUAUGUCCCCAUGGGUGUCAAGGGCUGCCCAAUCCCCUAGCUAUGCCUCAAUUAAAAUAAAUAACCCUACAUACCCCUCAUCAUCCUAAUAAUAGUGAAGGGGAGGCAAAUAAAUCUAAAAAAGUUAACUUGCUGUCAGCAGUCUUCUUUCUUCUAUUUCUUUUUAUCUUCAGUCCCUCUAAAAAUCCAAAUUAAAAUCCAUAAUUCCUGACACAACUAAUGAGACUUUUUUGUAAAAACAGAAAAAUAAUGUAAAACACGAUGUUUCCAUUUUGUUGCACGACUUGCUUUUUAUGGUCCUAAUUCCUACACUAUUUUUUCCCCCAGCAAAUUCACUAGUUUUUACAAUUGUAAUACAUUAUUGCCCUGUACCUGAAGACUGUUAAGUCUCUUGUUACCAUCAGAGAUCUGAAUGACCAUUUACCGCCAUAAAAUUAAUCCAUCUGCACGCAUAGAGGGCUCUCCAAAGGUUGAGCUCUGAUAGCAGGGAAAACCCUUAUAUAGGCUUUCCCACUGCAUGUCAUCUAUUGCAAAGCAUCUGUCAAUGCACUGACAGUCAAGUCUUGAGAGAAGUCUCACUUCC